ACGUCCCGGGAUGGGCAACAGUCUGAAAGCCAUAGCUGCUUUUGUGCCCUCUGACGAGUGCCAGAAGUACCUUCUGGAAGACAUAGAAGAAAUGCCAGUGGAUAAAACGGUGGAUCUGAGUGGCAGGCAGCUGAGGCGGCUGCCUCCGCACAUUUGCUCUUUUACAGAACUGGUCAAGCUGUAUCUGAGCGACAACAACUUGAACUAUCUGCCUCCUGAGCUGGAGCAGCUGCAAAACCUGCAGAUCCUGGCACUGGACUUCAACAACUUCAAAGCGCUGCCCCUGGUCGUGUGCACACUGAAGCAGCUGUGCAUCCUCUACCUGGGCAACAACAAGCUCUGCAGCCUGCCCCUUGAGCUGAGGCUCCUGCAGAACCUCAAGACCCUCUGGAUCGAGUCCAACUGCCUGCAGUGCCUGCCCGAAGUGGUGUGCGAGCUCAGCCUGCUCAAGACCCUGCACGCCGGCUCCAACGCAUUGCGCACGCUCCCCACCCAGCUGCGGUGCCUGCAGGAGCUGCGCACCAUCUGGCUCUCAGGCAACCUGUUGUCCGAGUUCCCCCCCGUGCUCCUGGACAUGCCUUUUCUGGAGGUGAUCGACGUGGAUCGCAAUUCCAUCCGGUACUUCCCCAGCCUGGCUCACCUCCCUGGCCUGAAGCUGGUGAUCUACGACCACAACCCCUGCAGAAAUGCACCCAAGGUGGCCAAAGGGGUGCGCAGGGUGGGGAGAUGGUCAGAGGAGUCCCCUGAGCCCCGCAAGCGGUCUGGGGCGGUGAUAGAAAUCACACUCGAUGAGAGACCAUCACCACCUCCUCCCACCAAGCCUGAGCCAGAAGCUGAGCCCUGCUGA